CUCAGAGGCUUGCUUGACUCAUCUUCAACCAAAACCAAGACGCAAUACAUACCUAAAUUCCUCAACUGUGGUAGUCUCUUUGUUGUAAUUUCUGUUCGUUUAGUUUCCAGACUAAAAUCAUGUCCACACCUGAUCAUGUUGGUAGCAGCAGCAGCGGUGCACGCAUCCUCGUCUUCCCUUACCCUACGCCGGGGCAUAUCAUCGCCCUCAUUGACCUCACCCGCCUCUUACUCACCCGCGGCCUCACCGUCACCGUACUCGUCACCCCCAACCACCUGCCCCUCCUCCAACCACUCCUCUCCUCCACCCACGCCUCCACCUCCAUCCACCCCUUGGUUCUCUCCCCACCCGAAACACCACCUAACACUAACACUUCUUCACUUCCUGGAAUCGUCUCCAGUGUUUGCCGCUACGGCGCGCUCUACACUCCUAUCCUCCACUGGUUCAACUCCCACCCUUCUCCUCCCGUCGCCAUCCUAUCCGAUAUCUUCCUCGGCUGGACCCACCACCUCGCCACCAAUCUCGGCCUUCCACGUCUCGUUUUCUGGCCCUCCGGCGCACUUACCGCCUCCCUUUCGAAUCACAUGUGGCGCGACCUACCCAAGGUUGGUGAUCCGGCCAAUCAGAAUUCGACCGUUUCUUUUCCAGGAAUCCCAAAUUUCCCCACAUUCCCUUGGUGGCAGAUAUCCAAUACCUUUCGAGAUUUCAAGGAAGGGGACAAAGAUUAUGAGUUCUUCAGAGACGGCAUGGUGGCCAACACCAGGAGUUGGGGACUCGUUUUCAACUCGUUCACCGAGUUAGAGCGACUUUACAUCGAUCAUUUGAAGUGCGAUUUGGGUCACAACCGGGUUUGGGCUGUUGGUCCGUUGCUGCCUCCACUUGACGACGUAACCGGACCUGCCAAUCGUGGUGGGUCCAGUUCGGCGCCAACUGACAAGUUGAUGGCGUGGCUUGACUCGAAGCCGGGUGACUCGGUGGUUUAUAUUUGUUUCGGUAGCCGAGUUGUUCUGACGAGUAAGCAAGUGGAGGUUUUAGCGGCUGCGAUUGAGUGUAGCGGGGUGCAUUUUAUUUGGUGCGUGAAAAAGUCUGGUAGAGGAGACGCGGAGGGUGAUGCUGGUUUCAUUCCGGAUGGGUUUGAGGAUCGUGUGGGAGGAAGGGGUUUUGUAAUCAGGGGAUGGGCCCCACAAGUGACGAUAUUGAGGCACCGAGCUGUGAGUGUGUUUGUGACUCACUGCGGGUGGAACUCGGUGCUCGAAGGACUCGCCGCGGGCGUGUUGAUGCUGACGUGGCCAAGGGGUGCGGACCAGUUCACCAAUGCUAAGUUGCUGGUGGACCAACUCGGAGUUGGGUUUCGAGUCUGUGAAGGAGGAGAGCAAAACAUUCCGAAUCUGGACGAGUUGACAGGGUUGCUGGCCGAGUCAGUUGGUGUGAAUCGGGCAAAGAGAGAAGGGGUUGUGCGGCUGCAUGAGGAGGCCUGGAAUGCUGUUAAUGGAGGAAGCUCAGCUAGAGAUUUGGACAAGUUAGUCAAAGAACUCAACUUGCUCGGAGCAUCCACAUUUGACUCUUGAAGAUUUUGUAUUUUAUACAUGUAUGGUUAUUAAAAUCUUACAUACGGAAUACAUAUCCUACGAUUCGUAUCGUCUCCUUUCAAAUACGAUAUGUAUCCCAGACUGUAUUUUUUUUGUACAGAAAUCUUACGAUACGGCGACGUAUCCUACGAUAUAAUAGCGUAUCCCAAUUCAUAGCAUA